UGGUGAGCCGAGAGGAGAGGAGGAAAGUGAGAAGGGGAGGAGAAGGGAGUACAGGAAACAGAGAGGAGCAGAGGAGAGGGGCGGCUAGAUAAACCAGGGCAGAAAGCAUCAUGAUAGGAUUUAGGUGUGUCCUUUGCUUGUAGAGUUUUCAUUCAUACAACAGGCAGAGAAUAUAGAGCACACACUCAGCUCACGCACAUCCACGUGCAUUUACAAACAUACAUUUCUAGCUUUGGGAAGGGACCAAACCCCUCCCCUGUGACUCCAGGGGAAGAGAGGAGGCGGCAGAUUUUACAGCUUCACACACACACACACACACAUACACACACACUUUCUUUCUUUUUGUGUCCUCACACACACACACCCUGAAGAAAAGCAUGUGUUUCAGAGUGGACUAGCGACAGAAGGAUGCAUCAUGAAGUCUCAGCAGAAGUGCAUCAUGAUCUUUGCCCUGGUGUGCUGCUUUGCCGUACUGGUGGCGCUGAUUUUCUCCGCUGUGGACGUUUGGGGCGAGGACGAGGACGGGAUCACAGAGGAGAACUGUAGCAAGAACUGCAGGGCAGUGCUUGUUGAAAACAUCCCUGAUGACAUCUCCUUCUUGGACAAUGCUACAUCCCACCUUCCCCUCUCAGUGGGCCUGUUCAGCUUACUGGAUAACGCUAUACGGGCUGUGGAGAUAGUUUCCCCGCUGUGGCUCCUCAACUCCUCUGAUUAUGAAUCCAGCUUCCAGCCUGCUGCCAGACAGGGUAAAGCACUGCUGUCCCGGCUGCAGGGGCUGAAAGCUAAAGGGAUCCAGCUGAAGAUCUCCAGUGGGAAUAUCAACUCAACUGAGCUCAAGACACUCGCUAAAUACAAUGCUGAGAUCCACUAUGUGAACAUGACAGCGCUGACCAAAGGCCACCUCCUCUCCUCCUUCUGGGUGGUUGACAGGAGACAUAUCUACAUUGGCAGUGCCAGCAUGGACUGGAGAUCUUUAGCCAUGAGGAAGGAGCUGGGUGUGAUGUUGUACAACUGUAGCUGUCUGGCCCUGGAUCUCCACAGAGUGUUCAGCCUCUACUGGGGGCUCCAGUACAAAGACUUCAUCCCCUCCUUCUGGUCCAAGCGUCUCUUUGCCCUCUUCAACAGGGACGAACCACUAGAGCUCACUCUCAACAGCACAAAGGCUCAGGCCUAUGUCUCUAGCUCUCCAGAUGUUUUCAUUCCUAAAGAGCGCAGCAGUGAUCUUGAAGCUAUUUCCAGAGUCAUUCAGGAGGCUCGCCAUUUCAUAUACAUCUCCAUCAUCGACUAUCUGCCCCUCCUGAGCAGCAACGCUAGCAGGUACUGGUCACGUAUUGACAGUCUUAUCCGGGAGGCUCUGAUCCUAAGGAAGGUCCGAGUGCGUCUGCUGAUAAGUUGCUGGGAAAAGACUCAUCCACUUUCUUUCAACUUCAUCUGGUCCUUGAGGAGUCUGUGCAUGGAGCAGGCCAACUGCUCACUGGAAGCUAAGUUCUUCAGCCCCAGAGUGCAGCGGGACGGCAGUCUUCAGGGAAUAAACCAUAACAGGUUUAUGGUGACAGAUCGGGCCAUUUAUUUAGGUAACCUUGACUGGAUGGGAAAUGAGUUUGCCUACAACGCAGGAGUCGGCUUGGUGAUCAGUCAUCCAGAGGGCAUCGAGGACAGAAACUCUACAGUGGUGGACCAGCUUCGAGCUGCUUUCGAGAGGGACUGGUUUUCACAUUAUACUCACUCUCUGCAGGCCAACAAGAUCCCCGUCUGCAACAAGCACCACAUUAACAGGCUGGUGCCAGUCAAAGCCAGCCACAUAGACAAUGUACCAGUGCCUAUCAAAACAGGUCACCAUGAUAACGUCCCUGCACCUAUGAGAAACAAUCACAAGGACGACAGACAGAGGGCAAUUAAAACAAGACACCACGAGGACAGACUUAGCAAAGUAAGUGGCCAAGGCAAGGCCAAUGGAAUGGUACCAAUCAUGGACAGUUACCAAGAGAGGGGACACGUGAAAAUGAGUCACCUUGACACCAGACAGGCGCAAAUCAAUGAUAAUUACCGUGACAAUCCAACAUUUCCACCCAGUCAAUCAGCAGAGAGCAGUGGCAGCCGAGAGAUCUUGAACGUGCCCCUGUGACCACUGAACAUUGUAUGUUCCUUUUUAACAACUGAUGUUUGCUCUCUUCCAGGGAUGAUCGACUUGAUACACUGGGUCUCGUAGCAUUUUAUUAUCACCACUUUGAAGAACCUGAAGAUUUUUGUAAAAUCUGAUUUGAAGGACUUGACAAUGCAGAUGGAAGAACUUAGAAAGGAAGAAAAGGCUCCACUGCAGUCUGGCACUUUUCAUGAACUUUUUUAAGGAUGAAACCAAAACAUUAAGAAACACUGAUCAAUACACUGAGUUAUAACCUACAACCUUGCUACUUCUUUCACUUUUUCCCUCCUUGUUUAGUGCUCCCUAGCAAAACAACAACAACAAAAAAACAUAUGAAGUCUAUUUGAUCGCCUAACUAUUGCCCACCUUAGCAGUUUUUGGCAGUCAGUAUCUGACAUCCUUUAAAAAGGGGCACAGAGGGGAGGAUAUGCUGCACAUUUACUUGCAUUAGCUACAUUUAGCAUUUAACUUACCUCCUAAAAUAAUGGAAGAAUUACACUACAGCUUUUCAAGUCAUGGAUAUCUUAUUGCUGUUGCACUAUGAUUUCUAGUGAAAACUUUGGCCUAGUUUGAAAUAGUUUUGAGCAUUCUCAGCAGUUUUCUCAGUGAGUUAAUCAGCAUCAAAGACUGUGUAUAAAAUGUAGACGUAACACCUUUGACGUCACUUUUUGGUCAUUUACUACUCUCUUUGAAGCCCCAACUUUGGCAUUUCGGCUGCUUCAUUUAAAAAAAAUCUGGAGCCUGAAGUGAACAUAUUUAGAUAUUUGAGGUGUGGAGCUGGAGAGGAGAAAGGGUUUAGCAAAGCUGUGUUACAGCUAUCUCUACAGUAGGUGUGUUUGCAAUGUGUAACAAUUCCUUAUGAUGUUAAUUGAGGAUUAUGAUUCUGAAAAACCAAAGACUGGCUCUUAAACCCAGUAUACUUACAUUAAAAACGAACAGCUUACUCCUUAGAGCAUCUAUUAGUAUAUUAGAACAACUGAAAAGAUAAUUUCCAGGCCCUGUGGUAGCAUAUUGUCAAUCACAAGCCACCACACCUAAGAGCAUGCCCUGAUUUUUACCUUUCUCUCUUUAAGAGGGACCACAAUGAAAAAAUGAACACCAUGCUGUGUUGAAAAAUAGCCGAAAGUAUCAACUACAACUUAAGACCAAGAGUCGCCCCCUGCUGGCUGUUAUUGUGGUGUCAGGUUGAAAGCACUUGAGCACUGGUUCCACUUUUCAUUACCAGAGCUAACAUCCACGUCUUACAUUCAGUCUAGCAUAUCAAAUGCAUGAUAAUAGACACUUUAAACUGUAGCCUUACAUAUAACCACAGAUAACGCUGGCUGACACUGAUUACUACAAAUGCUCACUUAGACUUUAACUGAUCUAUAAUUACAACAGUAUUAACACACUGAAUGGUUAUUGAAUGUUUACAUUAAAGCAACAAAAAUGCUAUUUAGUUUAGACUCAAAACCACACUCAUACUGAGCAACCUCCAGUGUGAAAUAGUGAAGCCAAAGUAGAAGUGCUUAAAACUGCUGUUCCUUAAGUCUCCACUUGGGGCUGGCCCCAAAAGCCCAGGGCCCGUAUGCACGUCCAGCCAUUACACAAACGGGAGCAUUAGUCUUUUGGCUGUAGAGUUAGCUGCAUGCACGACUGCAAAUAAUUGGCCAAUUAACUAAUUGUGCCAUGAAAGCGAGGCUGGUGCAAAACGUCACAUGUCCAGGAAACCUCCUGGAAAACCCCCUAUCCAACAAAUUAGAAUUGUGCACGCCUACUACGCAUAAACAACAAUAAACAUGGCCAGCGGUACCGGUGUGACUGAGAGAAGAUCAAGAAAAAAAAAUUUCAGCGGAAGAAAUUGAUAUUUUAUUCCAAGAAUGUAGAAUGAUCAAACAGCUAUUAUCGGCAAGUCAAUCUUCAAAGAUAACAAACAAGGAGAAAGGGAAAGUUUGGCUUAAGUUAAUGUAUGUGGUGUUUCUGAGCGCACGGUAGAAGACCUAAAAAAUAAAAUAAGCAACAUGAAAGCAGCUUUACGCAACAAGCACAGCCACCAAGAAUUAUGUUGUGUCUCCUAAAUUUAAAUUUGCUGUAUAUUUCGACAUCAUCAUACUUUUCCAAAGGAUUCGUUCGAUCCCUAGAUAUCCGUUGUCUUCACAUAUUUCAUCUUAAACGGUAACGCAAACAGUAAUAGUGCCGUUAGCACCUGUAAUGGUGGGGUCUACUGCAAUUAAAUCUAAUGCUUUGUUGGGGCGUUUACCUGGCUCAUGCAUAACACUAAUUGAUUUUUUGUCUUAAAAGCCCCAUUGCUCUUUUUUUUAAAAACUGUGCAUGGGAGAAUAUUUUUUAACUAAUGACUUUGAAGUCAUAAUUUUAAAAGUUUAGGCAGGGCUGAGGCAUCUAAAGGUCUGCCUCAACUUCAGGUCAACCAACUGUUAGGUUGAGUCAGCAUUUCCAAUAUAAUGAUCACCAUCCCCGGGCUUUCUCUGCUUCAGAAACCAAUGGCUGAUGUCAAUUAGAUUACAUCCAUGUUGUAUACAGUCUACAGGUGACCCAGUAUAUGAACUAUGGCUCUAAAGCGAUUGAUCGUGUCCAUCAUUUCUUCAUAUCAAUACCUUCGGAAUUAAACACUGCACAGAGUAGUUACAUAAUCCCUGACAUGAUGCAUCGUUAAUCUCUCCACAGCAGGGUGGUGGACGUUUUAUUUUAUGGAGGACGUAAGGGGAUUAGGAGACGCCACUAUUGUACAGCGUUUCUUACAUAACACAAAUAUAUUAUGGGGUGUAAUUUUCAAUCAAUUUACAUUAACAAAUGACAGCCUUCAUUUGUUUAAGUCGAAUGCAGGUUUUUUUUCCCCCUGAGGAAAACAAGCUAUUGGUCUGAAAGGGACCUUAUGGAUAAUUAUUCCAGUCUCCAUAUAGACACCCACGACACAAAGAGGAGUCAAAUGAUUAUCUAUAGUAUUCUAACAAAUGCAGUGUAGUGACCUAUUGGACAAAUACUGAAGGAGCAUUUAGAAGAAGGGGCCAGAGGGUCUGUGCUGUCAGACAAAUCAAUACACUGAAUUUUUAACAGAGCUUGACAGUUGCAAUUGCUGCAGUUUAACCUCAAGGACAUGCUGCUCUGUAAUGUCAUGUCUGUAAUUGUAUAUAUCUAUCACCUUUACCAUGUGCAGGUAGAGCUCAAAAAUACAAGAUUGUAAGCAAAAGUAUUGACUCAUUUACCCUUGUCUGAGAGCGUUUUGCUGCUUUCAUUUUAAUUGGAUGAUUGCAUGACAGUUGCAGAUCUUUACAUACUCUUAGCUGUGUGUGAAGAUUUUUGUAACAGUGCUUGUAGGUUUACAAUGUAGAAUCAGUUUUACCUUCUGGAGCCAUAUAUCAAGAAAUCUGAAGAACACUUAGAGAGCAACAUAGUGAUUUUUCAUAAACAAUAUGUAGGGUGAUAUGGUCAGCACUUUAAUGUGAAACUAGCACGGGCGUAAUAUGUAUUCUGGAGUUACACUGCAAGAAGGGUGAGGGGCUUUAUUGAGGGUGACGUUUUUGGAAAUAUCACAAUAUUUCAAACACAGUGCAUGGUUCUAGUCUCUGUGUUCUAUAGGCUAAAUAUAAGCCAUAAUACAGACUAAGUUUUUUCAUACAUGCUUCUUGAAUAUGUGCAGGUUUGGCACCUGUAGCUGAACUCCUAAUCCCACAAUUGGCAUUAAAAAAAACACAGGAACAUUGAAAUCUAGCUGUGAUGAGUGAAUUCUGCCAUCUAGAGGAUGUCAUAGGGAUGAACAUUUCACCUAAGUUUAUCUGCAGCAGUGUUUGUUGAAUCAGCCUCGAACCAGAUUACAAGUGGGUUCACUCCUGUGUUUAUAUUUCUCGUCUUAUACAAAAUGUUUUGAGGGCAGCAUCAAGGCAAUGUAAGGGAUUGUGCUGCUCAAGUUUGAACUGGAUUUACCUUGUAUUGGUAUGACAGGAUCAGAUGAUUAGUCUUUUAUAAAAACAAAUAAACAUAUUUUACUCUUAAAUUAGUACAGGAAGUUCAUAUUUCAAGUAUAAAACAAAAUUAAUGUAAUAAUAAUGUCAUAACAGUGACACAUUUUAAAUCUAACAUGCAAAACUUGAAUACUUGCUGCUGUAUGUGUGCCCAAACCUUUUAUGUACCUUAAACAGUAUUAAACACCUACACUGAUAUGAAGCAAAAACAAAUGUUUCUUUUUCACACAGAGCUGUACAACUUGAACACACACGCACUACAUCAACACACUGUACUGCUUGUAAUCUGACAGCUGGUCUGGAGUCAGGGUUGCUAUGUUACGCUGCUAUUAUCUUUGAUUGUCUCACUGAGAGAGGGCAGGAGUGCUGCUAAUGCUCCUGUAUUUACAUAUAUAUGUAUGUAUUUAUGUGAAUUAUUUUAAAAUAUUUUGUUCAUUAAAAAGGACUAUUUUAGCAGGGAACAGGACUACAUCUUUAAUGGGACAUUUUCAGCAGGGAGACACGGCUCACACAUGCUGAGGUUUAAAAUCAGCAACAGUUAACAGUCUGCCACAUGUUAACAUCAAUUUAAUGAAAAAAAAAAAGAAUGUUUUUGUAUGACAGUCUGUCUCAUAUGAUUUAAGAAAGUUCAGCAUUUCUGAGUCCUUUGUCAAGUAUAUGUUUUGCUUUACUGAAAGACAGAGGGCAGCACUAUAUGCUUGCUGUUAAAGCUUUUUAAUGUUGCCUACCUUUACUCUGUUGCAUUCUUCGGCAUGCCUGCUGCUUGCAUGCCCUGCCUUUAUGAACUGUGCACAGUAGAGCCUUUCUAGAGAGUAUGAUAACAAUGAAAUCUUAUAUACCUUUAAGAAUAAAGAAGGAAUGUAUAUUUAUUGAAACCUCUUGCUAAUGCACACUACUGAAUAAACUGAUUGCUAAGUUUUUACUCUUAAUAAAAAAAUAUUUACUCUUG